AUGGUCCACAACAAGGAUGUCUUCAUCGUUGGUCUCGUCCUCAUGCUAUUGGAGAUUCAGACUUUGAAGCGCGGGAGCUCGAAUCUGGGGGAGGUAGAGCAGCCCGGGGGUUUCAAAGUUGCUUGCACAAUGGGGAUGCCACCCAAUGGAAUUCUUGGGUGCCGGGGUUUUGACCGUUAG